CAAACCCCGUCGUUAAAAACGCGCGACUCCACAACUCCACGCCGUCCGUUCCCCCCACAAUCCCAGCGAAGCAAACGCAAACUCAAAGCGAAAGCCCAACGCGAAUCCAGCGAAAUCCACCACAACUUUCCUCAAUCCGAUCCCCUCUCCCUGUCUCCGCUCGCCGAUCUCGCCGCCGCCACCAUGCGCAACUCCACCUCCUCCGCCGCCGCCCAGCCCGCGCCGGCCUCCGCCGCCAUGUACGGCUCCUACGCCUCACCCUCCUCGGGAGCAGGAGGGUACGCCAAGAUCCCCACCUACCCGCCCCCUCCCUCCGCCUACCCCGCCGCCCCGCCUCCUCCGGUGAUGGGCCAGCCCGUGCCGCCGCCGCCCGCGCAGCUGCAUGACCCGACGGCGCCGCCGUCCCCGAUCGCCAAGGCGGCGGAGCUGGUGACGAGGUUCCGGGAGCAGGGGCAGGCGCUCAUCGCGGCGAGGCGGCCGUGGGGGGAGGUGUUCCGGGCGCCGGCCUUCUCCAGGCCGCCCAGCGUCGGGGAGGCGGUGGCCAGGGCGCGGCGGAACGCGGCCUACUUCCGGGCCAACUACGCGCUCGCCGUGCUCGCCGUCGUCGCGGCCUCGCUGCUCUGGCACCCCGGGACGCUCUUCGCGCUCCUCGCCCUCUGCGCCGCCUGGUUCUUCCUCUACUUCGCGCGCCCCGCGUCGUCGGCGGGGCAGCCGCUCCGCCUCCUCGGGAUGGAGUUCGAGGACGGCACCGUCCUCGCCGCGCUCACCGGGGUCACCGUCAUCGCGCUGCUCUUCACCAACGUCGGCUGGAACGUCAUCGGCUCGGUCAUGAUCGGCGCCGCCCUCGUCGCCGCGCACGCCACGCUCCGCUCCACCGACGACCUCUUCUUGACCGAGCAGGAGGCCGCCGGCGACGGCCUGGUGGCCGCCGGCAUGAGCGCCGCCGGACCAAUCUUGCCCACCUACGUUCGCAUCGCUUGAUCUACUCGGCUUGGAGAAGAUUGAAGGCAGAUUAGUGCCUAUGCCCCAUUUGCUCCGUUGGCUUUUCACUGUGCAAACUUUGUUGCAGCUUGAAUGUUUGAUGGUGCCUCAUAUGCCACUGUUCACACUUUUGCUAGUUCACCUGAAUGGUG